AUGGUAGACUUAAGUUUUGCAUCGAAUCAGGGAUGGUACCUUACGUUGUUAUCGUCAUCGCUAUGUGUCUUAGGAUGUUUUGUGAUAUACUUUGAUGACAUAUAUACUUUUGUAUUCCCAAGAUCGGUUACGAAGAAAUAUAAUUUCCAGUUAAAGGAGAAUUAUCUGUUCUUAAACGGAGCAUUAGCAUUUAGUUCUGGAUGCUUAUUAUUCACGGCGCUUUUCAAAUUAUUACCGGAGGCAUUGGAAUACUUCCACGAUUUCAAUGAGCAUGAUAGAGUCAAAUCAGAUAAGAUGCAAGAAAAGGAACUUAACUUUUAUUUGAUUAUAUCCUUUAUAAGUGGAAUCUUAUUAUGUUUUCUGUUUAAUGCAGUGUUGCAUUUGAUAACUAGUCAAUCGGUGGUGCAUUGUAAUCACGGCGGCGAACAACGUCCGCACAACCAUUCGCAUAGUAAUGAUUUGGAGCUGGGCCAUGGAGAAGAUGAAUAUAAUGACUCUUUAAGCUCUAAUGAGGGAGAACAUAAUCAUUUUCAUACGCAUGCAAAUACAGGGGAUAUCCCUGAUGCAGUUAUAGAAACCACGCCUUUGUUAGACGAACAUAAACCGUCAAUGAAGAAAAGACCGUCGCUAAUUCAAUAUUUCAUGACACAUGAUGGCGACGAGACGGCUCUUGGAGAAUGUAAAGGGUAUUCUUCGGCCGAAUUGUGCUUGUUUAACAAAAACAAGGCAUCAGAAUUGCAUUUUUGCGAGAUUCCAACACUCGCCAAAUCGAUAGAUCUUAAUGACGAUGAACUACAUGCUAUACAUUCUCCUCUGUCACACUUUGCUGCUGGUUCCAGCCAUUCCCACAAGAACAACGACGAAUAUGCGCAUCCGUACGAGGACCAUGCAUAUCUGCAAGGUGAAGACCAUAGCACUCACAAACCAGACCAUCACCACCACGUAAAUACUCCUUUGUCUCGUCUAUUACUAAUCGGAAUCCAGACCACCUUGGCAAUAUCCUUACACAAGCUCCCAGAAGGGUUUAUUACAUUUAUUACAUCAGAGGCAAACCCCGACCUAGGCUUUCUGAUAUUCCUAAGUCUAGCGGCGCAUAACUUCACCGAAGGUUUUCUGAUGUGUCUACCACUAUACUUUCUGUUUUCGUCGUCCCCAAAAGGUUUUGCAAAGCUUAAAGCUGUUGCCAUCAGUUCCAUCCUAGGGGGCUUGUCCCAGCCUUUAGGUGCUAUCGUAGGCUACUUUUUUUUGAAAUACAAUGAUAAAGGUGAUUCAUUCAAUAUUCAUAGUCUUAGUUUUGUGCUCGGUGUCGCUUUGGCCGUGACAAGUGGUUUUUUGACUGUGAUCGGCCUUUCGAUGUAUGGCUCCGCCAUUUCUUUUAAUGGUGGAAUGCUGAACUUGCUUUUGUUCUGGUGCAUCCUAGGCAUGUGCAUAAUUGGCUUAUCUUCAAUUGCUAGUCAUUAA